AUUUUCGUUCAUAAAAAGUUUUUUAAUGAAUUACUAAUACAUUUUCAUUUAUAAAAAAAUGAUGGACGACUUUUUUCUUGCAAAAAAAGAUGAACCUGAAGUUAUUCCAUUAGAAGAAAUGUUCAAAGCAUAUUGCGAGAUGGAUCCAGUUUCUUCUGAUUUAAAUGUCCAGUUGAUUCCAUUAUCACAAAGUGACAAAUGGUUAAUUUCUGCUCGUAUACUCGAUAUGAUUACACUAACAACUACAGAUACGGGUCUUACAUUUUUUAAAUUUCGAAAAAGGGCUUUAUCCUUUGAAGAAUAUUUAACAUAUUUAAAAGAUUUAGCAGAAUCUAAAAGUCUAGAUUUUGAGGAAAUGAAAUAUAAGAUGCAAAUAUGCGGGAAACCUAGAAAAAACUAAUUAAUUAUAUGUUUGCAAAUACUAUAUACGAAUUUUAUUUUUUAAUAAUAAUUUACAAUGUUGAAACUUCCAUCUAUUAUCUAAUUUUAUUUAAAUAAUAAACUGAAUUGAUUAAUUGAAAAUCUUUAAAAAAAUUUUUAUAUCUUGAUUUUGAUUCUCAUUAUUUUAUUUUGUAUGAAAUUUUGAAAUUUAAAAAAUAAUAAUAUAUUAGUGUGAUUUUAUAUGAAACCUAUUUGAAAAUCAUCAUAUGUUAAUAAAAUUUAGGUAUCGUGUAAUGCAUUUUCUGUAAUAAAUUCUUUAAGAUGAAAAAUUGUAUAUCACAUAACUUAUGUAUUUAACAACAAAUACAUAAGUUAUGUAUUUCACAAAACUUUAAUGUUAAUUUAAAUAUUUUUGGUAAAUAUAUUGAAUGGAUUAAAAUUGUUAAAGAUACAUAUGUUUUAUAAUAUUUUUUAUAAUAUGUUUUCAAUAUUUUUUAUUUAAUUAUAAGUUAUAUGAAUCACAAAAAAAUCACAGCUAAAAAUCACAGCUAAAAAUCAUAUAAUCUGCAAUUAGAAGUAUGAUUUUUUUGUAUUUUUCAGAGUAU